AUGAAUUGGUCUGGUUUGGAAGACCUCUUGGGGGGAGUGAACAAAUACUCUACAGCGUUUGGGCGUAUUUGGCUCUCGGUCGUCUUCAUCUUUCGGCUUCUAGUCUACUUAGUGGCAGCGGAAAAAGUCUGGGGAGAUGACAAUAAGGACUUUGACUGCAACACUGAGCAGCCAGGUUGUCCCAAUGUCUGCUAUGACCUUUACUUUCCAAUCUCUCAUAUUCGGCUCUGGGCCCUGCAACUCAUCCUUGUCACCUGUCCUUCCCUGUUGGUCGUGAUGCAUGUAGCCUAUCGGCAAGCCAAACUGAAGAAACGCUUGCAGAAAUGUGGGAAUAACUUCAGACCACGUUAUCCUCCAGGCAAGAAGCGUGGAGGGUUAUGGUGGACCUACCUCUUCAGUCUUCUCUUCAAAGCUGGGGUGGACAUUGUGUUCCUGUUUAUCUUUUACCGUGUGUACCCAAACUAUAAGCUUCCUCUUCUAGUCAAAUGCUCUGACGCACCUUGCCCUAACCUAGUGGACUGCUACAUAGCCAGGCCAACUGAAAAGAACAUCUUCACUCUGUUCAUGAUUAUUACUGCCUGUGUUUGUGUCUUACUUAGUCUCAUGGAAGCUUUCUAUCUCAUUGGGAAAAGAUGCAAGGAGAGCAUUCAAGACCGAAGUGACCGAAGUCACAGCAGAGAGAGUGCACAAGUACACUUUCUCAAAAGAGACAACUGCACCCUGUCCCCAAGUAAACAGGACACCACCGAAAUAGAUGGGCCGAUUUUUCAAGCAUCAGAUUAUAAGCCAGUCACUUCACCUCUCAUAAGCAACUCCCAAUGUGGAGAACCUUCAAAACUCGGGAAGCUGGAAUAA